AUGACGCACCGCCGCAACCUGUGGUCCUUCUGUUUUGACUCCGUCAGGAAUGAUGAAAUGUGGAGAAAUAAACUGUGCCGACGUGUGUUUAUCGUGAUAUUUCUAUUCGGCUGAGUGUUAGACUCACUCGGAAACGCUCUCGGCGCUCUAACCUGGCGGAACAAGCAGACACGGUUUGAAUCCGGAAGGAGGAAGAGCUGCGACAGUUUCUUCAGUCUGUGUUCAGGAUGAGGAACAGACAGAGGGGGUCUCACCUGGGCCUGCUGCUCCUGGCCUCCCAGUUGUUCCAGGUGGGGUUGAACAACAUCCCUCCGGUCACUCUGGCUGUUCUGGGUCUCAACGUGUAUCUGUUCCUGUUCCCCGCCGCUCCACUGAUGAAGACCUGCGUUAGUGUCCAGCAGGCCUACUGGCUUCGAGACUGGCGCAGACUUCUGCUGUCCCCUCUGCACCAUGCAGACGACUGGCAUCUGUACUUCAACAUGGUGUCCUUCCUCUGGAAAGGCAUCAAGCUGGAGCGCCGUCUGGGCGGACCCUGGCUCCUCUACCUGCUGUCGGUCUUCUCUCUGCUCACCGGGCUGGUCUACCUGCUGCUGGAGGCGCUGCUGACGGAGCUCACACAGGAUCAGUCUUACAGCAUGUCGUGUGCAGUGGGCUUCUCAGGAGUCCUGUUUGCUCUGAAGGUGCUGAAUAAUCAUUACCACCCCGGAGGAAUCACCUAUGCUAUGGGCAUCCCCGUGCCCAGUCGCUAUGCCAGCUGGGUGGAGCUUGUUCUGAUCCACCUAACCUCACCUGGGACCUCUUUCGUGGGCCACCUGUCUGGAAUCCUCGUGGGUCUGCUGUACACCAGCGGACCACUGAAGGGCGUCAUGGAGAAAUGUGCAGAGUUUGUAUCGUGGAAUGGAUCCAACUCACGACCACACGGGUACUACAACUCUACAGGGCCUUCAGGCUACGGUGACCCCUAUGCUGGAUUCUCUGGAGGCUAUCAGUACACUCCACGCCAGACGCCCCAUCACACCGCCUCCUACACAGGCGGCCUGACGGAGGAGCAGCAGCUGGAGGAGGCCAUCAGAAACAGCCUGAAUGACCGAGGACGGAGCGCUGGUCUGGGAGGUGCUGCCCCUCCUCCUUAUGGUUUCCAUUUCUCCAAUGAGCCCAGCGCUGAAGAACUGCGAUGGAGGAGGAUGAGGAGGUUCGACAGCUGAACAUUCAGGCAGCAAGACGGAGGAAGAAAAAGUCUUAAUCCUGAGUCUUCAGGUCCUGAAUGAGGAGGAGUAAAAACACAGUCGGACUCGUUACAUCUGUAACAUGUGAUACCGGGUCGGCCUUCGUGCUGCAGCACAUUCAGAAACUGUGUUCCAGGCCAACGAUCCGCUCAGGGUUCUUUGUAGAUAGUUCAGAGAUUUUGCUACUCUUUAAAAUCUGUUCUUGAGAGAUGUUCGAUUCGUCUCGCUGAACUUUGAUUGCUCAUGUUUGGUUUUCACAGCCUUCAGUUUUCUCAGCAGGAGAUGCAGUGUUGACUGAUAUGUCUUUAGUUUACACCCGAUUUACAAAAGCUGUGAUAAAAAAGAAGAACUCAAGCUUAUGAUAAGAAAAUACUGACGUUUAAAAAAAAAUUUCACCUGGAAGCCAGUGUGGAGUUUAUCCCCACAGCGUCUUCAGACAUGAACUGAUCUAAAGUUUGUUCAUCAGAAAAAUGGCAGUGCAGCUUAACUUCUUUAAAUGCAGACUGAAAGUGAUGUUGUGUCAAUAUCUGCAAUAAAUGUUAUUUUGAGAA